AAUCAAAUGAAUUGCAAAAGUCCCCCGCCCCCCGGCACAUGUCCUACCCCACGUGCAUGCGUACGUGUCCCCCCUCCCGGAACAUACACAGCAGAGACCUGACGACCAGCUGGCCAGUAGGAGGCAUGCAAGCAUGUGCGGUGGAGCUGAACUAGGGUUACGGCUCACGUGCCCACAGAGAGGGCGCUGCAUGCCACCUGUGUCAUGUGUGCCAUAGGUUCACCAUCACGGUCUAGUAGCAGUCAUUGUCUUUUUGGUCCAGUUAUCCUUUAUUUACAUGGAAAUGUUUCUUUCAAAAUCAAUAAUAUUCUUAAUAUUAAGUAUCUAACAAUAUAUCUAAGAUUGGGGAUGAAUAAUAUGUGGCUUUAUGGAUUUAAACUUAAUCUGACUCAAAUUCAGUGUGUAAUACAUAGCCAUCUUAAAAUUAUUUCCCGAAUGAACCACUGAUAUAGUUCUAGCGUAGAUAGGUGUACUAGAUCUCUAAAACCUCUUGGGAAUGGUUCAUUAUUUGGAGUAGGAAAAAACAAAAAGAUUGUACAAAGGCAGUUAUAUGGAGGAUUUUUUUUUUAAAUGUCUCAUAUUAUAUGCUCUACUAUCAGGUUUCUGUCUGUUGUUUUGUAUUAUUUUGUAUUAUUCAGACUACUAGUCUAGAUAGAUUCCUCCCCUCCCCCUCCGGGUCUCUGAUACCAGGCCGAUCAUGGUAGGGCUUUUCUUAUUUUGAUGUUUCUGUGAUCCUUUAGAAAGCCAUCUUUUGAAACUCUAAGCUUAUACCUUCCUGCUCUCAAAAUGACAUUUUUAAUAAUCGCACAUAUCUGAAAAGGAUAAUGAACAACUUUUAUUAAUUAGGAAAAUCCACAAGAGAGAGUGUUAUCUAGACUUUAAUAAUAUUUUUUUUACCAACUUUGAUAAUCUUUCUCAUCAUUUCUUUCUGUGCCACAAUUCCCACUCCAGUUUUAAAAUUAUGCUUCCAUCUAAACUCCUUGGAACAAAUCAUUCCACACCCACCCACUGGAUUGAAGUCUAUAUCACUUUGAUUUAUGAGUCUUAAUUCCUGGGCAGUUUUUUAAAAAAAUGUUACAUAGUAUUGUAUUUUUAGUGGGUACUUGGUGACAUUUUCAAUUUUUACCAUCUUAGGCUAUUCUCAGUUGUAUUUUUACAACUGUCCAACCAUGCAAACUAUUUUUCUCCCUCAAGCUGAGCUGUCAGAUUGGAUAAGACAGCAAUAAGUUACAAUAUAAUUCAGUCUGUGAAGCAGUAAGGGGAUAAAUAAUCCAUAGUGGGUAUCUAAAAUUGAAAGGAAGUUUUAAUAGUGAGUAGCAAUAUUUUGUUUCUUUGAGAAAUGUUUACGCAUGGCCUAAAUCUGGAUCCUUAAACUCUUCAGAUCAUAAGCACUUUUACGAAGUUUCAGAUUGUUCAUCAAUCACCAAACAUUUAUUACAUGAAAAUAAUUUAAUAAAUACUAUUUUGACUAACAGUAGUAUGAAUAAUAAUAAUAAAGAAGAAAGUAUGUAUAAUUGGUGUGGGAUUAUCUGGGGAUAGUACAAUAGAAGACAAAGAAUUGAAGAAGAAAAAGAGCAAUUUGGAGCUUUUAAAAGAAGAACUAAAACAAAUUCAAGAAGAGCGUGAUGAAAGACAUAAAACUAAAGGUAGAUUAAGUCGUUUUGAGCCACCUCAGUCAGAUUCAGAUGGACAACGCCGUUCCAUGGAUGCACCUUCAAGAAGAAAUAGAUCUUCAGUACUGGACGAUUAUGCUCCAGGUUCACAUGAUGUUGGAGAUCCAAGUACAACAAAUUUGUAUCUUGGAAACAUUAAUCCCCAGAUGAAUGAAGAGAUGUUGUGCCAAGAAUUUGGACGUUUUGGGCCUUUGGCAAGUGUGAAAAUUAUGUGGCCAAGGACUGAUGAAGAAAGAGCAAGAGAAAGGAAUUGUGGAUUUGUUGCCUUCAUGAAUAGGAGAGAUGCUGAACGUGCACUAAAGAAUUUAAAUGGCAAGAUGAUCAUGUCUUUUGAAAUGAAAUUAGGCUGGGGCAAAGCUGUUCCUAUUCCUCCUCAUCCUAUAUAUAUUCCUCCUUCAAUGAUGGAACAUACCCUUCCACCACCUCCUUCGGGUCUGCCAUUUAAUGCUCAGCCCAGAGAGAGACUGAAGAAUCCUAAUGCUCCAAUGUUGCCACCACCUAAAAACAAAGAAGAUUUUGAGAAGACUCUGUCGCAAGCCAUAGUCAAAGUGGUUAUCCCAACAGAAAGGAACUUGCUUGCAUUAAUACAUCGAAUGAUAGAAUUUGUGGUACGUGAAGGACCUAUGUUUGAAGCCAUGAUCAUGAAUAGAGAAAUCAAUAAUCCAAUGUUCAGAUUUCUAUUUGAGAAUCAGACUCCAGCACAUGUGUACUACAGAUGGAAGCUUUAUUCAAUUCUACAGGGUGAUGCUCCAACCAAAUGGAGGACUGAAGACUUUCGCAUGUUUAAAAAUGGUUCCUUUUGGAGGCCACCUCCUUUAAAUCCAUAUCUCCAUGGGAUGUCUGAAGAACAGGAACCUGAAGCAUUUGUGGAAGAGCCAAGCAAGAAGGGUGCACUUAAGGAGGAACAGAGGGACAAAUUAGAGGAAAUCCUGCGUGGGUUAACACCGCGUAAGAAUGAUAUUGGAGAUGCAAUGGUUUUCUGUCUUAAUAAUGCUGAGGCUGCUGAAGAAAUAGUGGACUGUAUUGCAGAGUCAUUAUCCAUCUUGAAAACGCCGCUCCCUAAAAAGAUUGCAAGAUUAUAUUUGGUUUCUGAUGUGUUGUACAAUUCUUCUGCGAAAGUUGCCAAUGCUUCAUAUUACAGAAAAUUUUUUGAGACAAAACUAUGUCAGAUAUAUUCUGAUCUGAAUGCUACCUACCGAGCAAUACAAGGCCAUUUACAGUCUGAAAACUUUAAGCAACGGGUAAUGACAUGCUUCAGAGCAUGGGAAGACUGGGCGAUUUAUCCAGAACCAUUUUUGAUCAAACUACAGAAUAUUUUCUUGGGGCUUGUAAAUAUUAUUGAAGAAAAAGAAAUAGAGGAAGUACCUGAUGAUCUUGAUGGAGCUCCCAUUGAAGAAGAACUUGAUGGUGCUCCACUAGAAGAUAUGGAUGGAAUUCCUAUUGAUGUCGCUCCAAUCGAUGAUCUUGAUGGAAUCCCUAUUAAAUCAAUUGAUGAUGAUCUUGAUGGAGUACCUUUGGAUGGAUCUGAAGAAUCUAAAAAGAAUGAACCAAUAUUUAAAGUUGCCCCUUCAAAAUGGGAAGCAGUUGACGAGUCUGCGCUUGAAGCUCAAGCGGUAACAACAUCUAAAUGGGAGCUGUUUGACCAGCAUGAGGAAUCAGAGGAAGAAGAACAUCAGAACCAAGAAGAAGAAAGUGAAGAUGAGGAGGAUACUCAAAGUUCUAAAUCUGAGGAGCACCACCUUUAUUCCAAUCCUAUUAGAGAAGAAAUACCUGAUUCAAAGUCUUCAAGCAAGUUCUCAGAAAUGAGUGAGGAAAAGCGCGCCAAACUCAGAGAGAUUGAGUUGAAAGUAAUGAAGUUUCAAGAUGAAUUGGAGUCUGGAAAAAGACCGAAGAAGCAAGGCCAGAGUCUUCAGGAACAAGUUGAACACUAUCGUGACAAAUUGCUCCAGAGAGAAAAAGAAAAGGAACUGGAAAGGGAAAGGGAAAGAGAUAAGAAGGAUAAAGAGAAGUCUGAUUCAAGAUCCAAAGAGAAGAAGGAAAAGGAAGAAUGUACACCAACAAGGAAAGAAAGGAAAAGACGACAUAGCACGUCACCAAGCCCAUCACGCAGCAGUGGAAGCAGGCGAGCAAAAUCUCCAUCACCAAAAUCUGAAAGAUCUGAACGAUCUGAAAGAUCUCAUAAAGAGAGCUCACGUUCCAGAUCUUCUCAUAAAGAUUCUCCCAGAGAUGCCAGUAAAAAAGCCAAGAGAUCACCAUCUGGUUCAAGGACACCAAAAAGAUCAAGAAGAUCACGAUCCAGAUCACCUAAAAAGUCGGGGAAAAAAUCCAGAUCUCAAUCUCGUUCUCCACACAGAUCUCACAAGAAGUCAAAGAAGAGUAAACACUGACAAACUCUUAAUUUUUAUGAUGCUGUCACUUACUGGAAAUGCGGUUUUGUUUUUGUGCCUGAACAGUCUGUUAAACAAACAAAUGAAAAAAAAGCAUUCCUUUUUUUUGGGUGUGAAUGCACGUGUAUAUUCAUGAGUAACUGCAUUGGUAGACCUGUCAAUGUUUUAUAUUGUACAAAACCUUCAUUGUGGCUAUUUCCCAGAAUGAGAUUUUGUGUUUAGGAACUUCAUCUGAAAUGUGUGUAUCAGAUCUGCUGGCAGUAGUUGUUUUAGAAUAUUGUGAGUUAGAAGAAACCCCCAUAAUUGUUUCCCUUGUCCCCCUUUUUUUUGUAGCUUUGACAUUUUGAAUUAGAUUUGAAAUAAAAUCUGAAAAGGAAAUGUAAAAAAAAAUGUGUUUCCUUGUCCCACUCCAUUGAUUCUCCUUCCUUUUAACUUCCUAACACACAGGGCUACCAAUGCAAACCUCUUAAAAUAGACUUUUCUCAUCUGUUCAUCAAGUUAGAUUGCUCUUCAAUUAUGUUGGGAUCUGCCAUAGAAACAUUGUUACGCAGCAGUGAAUCUGAAGAGAUGAAGACUGUAUAACUUUUCAGUACAGUGUAUCUGGUAAAAUGCUUAUUCUGGGCUGUACCUGGAAUUCCCAAUCAGAGUUGGCAACUAGAGUGAAGAUUGUUUUUUGCUUCGUCUAUACUUCCAAAACCAAAUGAUGAUUGUUUGGAGAAGAGGGAUUAUCACUGUUGCAACUCCUUCCUAUUUGUGUGGUGCUAUAGAUGUUUGAGCAACAAAACCCACAAUAAAAAGGGAAAGUAGGUUAUGGCCUCUGAAGAUCUAUUUCCAAGCGUUCCUUCUUUUCAUUGAUUCUUUAAACUGUUGAGCCAUUUAUCACAUCACAUCCAUGAUUAGAAUAGAUUUUAAAUCUCAAUUUUUAAAUUUAAAUUGGUGACAUUUUAAUAAACACUUCUGCUUUUUCUGUUGUACAAACUCUUUAUGCAUGAAUUUCUCCCCUGCAUCUAAGAUGUAAAGAAGUUUUUAUUUGAACAGUUGUGUCUUUUUUCAUAGGAAUAUUGCCAGAUAUAUUGUUCUUCAAAGCACAUGAAGAGCUCCGUUGACAUCUAGAUGAAAUAGUGUUAAGACCUCAGUAUUAAGUGUAUGGGUUUCUUUUCAUGAAAGCUAUGAAAAGAAAAGAAAACUUAUUUCCUAUCCCACAAAUAUCUCAAAAUCAACAUAA